AUGGCUCUUGAAUCCUCUCUCGCUGCUCUCUCGUUGUUAGAGCCAAUUCCUGCUGAUGCGCAGUUGACCAAAUCACUUGUCUUCAAAGAUAAGAAAGGUAAUUCUGUUGUCUUGUUGGCAUUGUCUUCCACUAAAACAGACUCCAAAAUCAUCUCCAAGGCUGUCAAAUUAAAGGAUGUUCGUUUGGCCAACGAGGACUUUGUCUCCAAAUCUUUUAACAUUUCAACAAAAGAAUUUUCAAUCGCCAAUUUGGCCUCAAUUGAAGCUGCAACUAAAGAAAAGCUUAAAAUUGUCAUUGAUUCCAACCUAUCUAACUUGGACGAUGCUUCUUCCUUAAUUGUUCAGAACCAAUCUACCAAAUUGUUUAUUUCAAAAUCGGAUUACAUCGGUUAUAUCACCCAGUUGAAUUUAGACUCAAUUGUCGUUGAUUUCAAUGCUCCCAAGCCUCAGCAAGCUAAAGCUCAAGCUGCUAAAUUAGAAGACGCCAAAUUGAUCGGUAUAACUAUUGAUAAACACUUGGACUUUCCAGGUUGGUAUUCCCAAGUCUUGACAAAGGGUGAAAUGCUAGAAUAUUAUGAUGUCUCGGGUUGUUAUAUCAUGAGACCUGCUUCCUAUUCCAUUUGGGAAACUAUUCAAGAUUACUUUAAUGUUAGAAUUAAAAAAUUGGGUGUUAAGAAUACUUAUUUUCCAAUGUUUGUUUCUUCAAGAGUCUUGGAAAAGGAAAAAGAUCAUAUUGAAGGUUUUGCCCCCGAAGUUGCCUGGGUGACCAGAGCUGGUUCAUCCGAACUAGAAGAGCCAAUUGCUAUCAGACCAACUUCAGAGACUGUCAUGUAUCCUUAUUAUGCCAAAUGGAUCAGAUCUUAUAGAGAUUUGCCACUAAAACUAAAUCAAUGGAAUUCUGUUGUUAGAUGGGAAUUCAAACAUCCUCAACCCUUUUUAAGAACGAGAGAGUUUUUAUGGCAAGAAGGUCAUACUGCUCAUUUAACAUUUGAUAGCGCAAAUGAAGAAGUUUUAACUAUUUUAGACUAUUAUGCAGGUAUUUAUGAAGAAUUAUUAGCUGUUCCUGUUAUUAAAGGUAAAAAAACUGAAAAGGAAAAAUUUGCCGGUGGUCUAUUUACGACCACUUGUGAAAGUUUUAUUCCUGCAACUGGUAGAGGUAUACAAGGUGCCACUUCUCAUUGUCUUGGCCAGAAUUUCUCUAAAAUGUUUGGAAUUCAAGUUGAAGACCCUUCAGGUUCUGAUAAGCCAAAAUUAUAUGUCUGGCAAAAUUCUUGGGGUCUUUCAACCAGAGUUAUCGGUGUCAUGGUCAUGAUCCAUUCCGAUAAUAAAGGUUUGGUCUUACCUCCAAGAGUAGCUUCAACCCAAGUUGUUAUUAUCCCAGUGGGUAUAACUUCAAAGACCACCAAAGAAGAAGAAAAUGCAAUUUUGGAUGGUGCUAAAAAAAUUGAAUCCGAAUUAUUAAAAGCUGGUAUUUUAGCUACUGGUGAUUACCGUGAUAACUAUUCGCCUGGUUGGAAAUUCUCGAAUUGGGAAUUAAAGGGUGUUCCAAUAAGAUUAGAAUUCGGUCCAAAAGAUCUUAAAAAAAAUUCUGUCGUUGCAGUUAGAAGAGAUACUUCAGCUAAAUCCUUCAUCAAUAUUGAUGAUUUAGAAACCAAAAUUCCAGAUCUUUUAAACACAAUUCAACAAGAUUUAUAUGACAGAGCUAAAGCUAAAUUCGAUUCUCACAGAAUUAUUUGCGACAAAUGGGAUGAUUUCAUUAAAGCCUUAGAGAGUCAAAAUCUUAUCUUAGCACCAUGGUGCGGUGUUAUGGAAUGUGAAGAAGAUAUCAAAGAUUCUUCUGCUAGAAAAUCUGAAGAAGAUGAAGGUGUUGAACAUGAUGACAAGGCUCCAAGUAUGGGUGCCAAAUCUCUUUGUAUUCCAUUUGAUCAACCUGAAUUAAAAGAAGGUCAAAAAUGUGUUAGAUGUGGCAAAUUGGCUGUUAAUUAUACCAUGUUUGGUCGUAGUUAUUAA